AUUUCCCUCUUGCUUCCUGGUGGGUAUAUUUGCCACACAGAUUAUACCUUCCGCCAUUGCCUUCUAACGAAGCUGCCUCUUCGAUAUCUAGGAAGUGAGGAAGAAGGGUUUAUCUUCCCUCUGGGAUCUCGGAGCUUCCACUUCAAACUACAAUGGCUUUAUCAACGUUGGCACGACCAGACCUACGCUCUCGCUCGGGGAGAGAUCACGAUGUAGCCACUGAACUUCGCAGGCAUCUUGCAAUUUUACAACAAAGUGCGAGAGAUUUUGCAGAGCAGCGACAAGAAACUGUAAAGAUUCUGCGUGCAAUAGUCAAGGAUCUACGUACGUGGCAUGAACGCGCGAGAAAGGCCAAGGUUUAUGGCGGAGGAGCAGGACUCGCCGGUGCCGUACUGGUUUUAGGAGGUGCUAUGUUCCCUAGUUUGCGAGUGGCUUUACGCCUUGGUGCUGUCAUCGGUGGCUUAGGCACGGCAGUCAACGUGGGAGGAAUCGUUGUCGAUACGUGGACCUCCAAUUCAGUCGCUGAGGAGGUUAAGCAGAUACUAGAGAGAGAUAGAAAGGCAUUUGAUCAGUUUGUCAGUGUGGUGGAAAGGUCAAAGUCCUCCUGGUUUGUCAAUUCGGCAGGAAUAGUGAGUCCCGCCGUCACCAAACUACUCGGCAAGGUAAACAAGGAAGUGAACCCAAUUGAGUCUUUGUUUAGAUUUAUCUCAGCGGCUGGUGAGGAGUUGGGCGUGGGAUCGGUUGUAGCUGGCGCCGCUUUAUUCACCAUUGCAGCGGUUCCACUAAAUCUUUUUUCGUUGAUAACCAACGUGAACACAAGCGAUCCCAAAAUAGUACAAGCAAUCGACAGCGUGAUUAAAAUCCUCGAAUGCCCUGGUGAUGAGAUACAAAAAGCUCUAUCAUGCAUGGUUCAGUGAUCUCAUUAUAUGCAUGAAGUGGGUUGGGGUUGCGAGGGCAGAAGAAAUGAAUUCAUCAGAUGUUUUCUAAACCAACUUCGAGAUUGAGCAAAUCCAAAACUGGGAUACAAAACGUGGACAAACUCCAAGUCGAAAAUACUCAGAAACAAUACAAGUGAGAAACUGUCUUGGCCUAAAAAACAGAAGAAAAAAGAUUUACAGAAUAUUUUGUAGAAGCGAAUUUCUGGCUAAACCUUCCACAAAACUGCCCAUAGCGACUACAUAAUACACGUACUAUCGUCGGUCACGGUGACAUUUGACCCACAUUAGGUUGCCUCUCAGACUAUUCGAAUUAACAAUGUGCAUAAUCGUGGCAUUCAAAGUACUCUCUGCGCAAAAAGACGUAGCACACGUUCUGUUUAAUUUUUUUUUUACACCAUCCAAACUAAGUUCUUUUAUCCGUUUAUUGAUUAAUGAUCCACCGAGUUUUCCUUUUUAAACAUCCAGUUUCGGACCAGCAUAAAAACGGUGGAUGCCUCAUUAAUGUAUAACUGUUCUGUUCAUCGAAAACUUUGUAGUCCUGAGAAUAUUAAGCUUGUCACAAGAUAUGUGAUUCACAUACCGGUAGUUAAACCGGUUGUGGAGUUGUUGCUGUUGACAUGUAUCAAGUGUCACUCAGAAUUACACCAUUCAAUUAGCCAAACAAAUAUAUGUUUCAAUUUCAAAGUAUUUGGAUAUCGAAAGUUUUGCAGUAAUAUCGAUAUUUGACUCAAUGUUCUGUCACAAUAAAUGGAUUCAUGCCGCCUGUUAAGCGGAACUGUAUCACUCAUUCAGCUUAAUAAAAAUUAAUAUAAUGUUUUGUUAACAUACACAGAUAUAUUCAAACCUAUCCUGUGUUAUCGAUUGUAGAAUAGGGCCCUACACGAAACAAAAUGUAAAAUGCUAUACCCAAAAUUCGAAACAUUAAGUGAAGUGACUUAAUUCCAAGUUCGUAUAUUUCUGAUAUACGCAUGAAGUUAGCUUUAUCGUUAAAUUCUCGUGUUACAGAAUUACCAGUUUAAUUAUUACUCUCAAUUGAGGCUAGGAGUCAUGAAAUAAAACCGACCCCCAUAAACAGUCAAA